AUGUUUGUCUUAAAGUAUAUGAGCUUAGCGGCGACGUUGCUGGCAAUACCCCAGUUGUGCGAGUUUGUUGACGAGGUGUGCAGCAAAUACGAAAAAUCGUUGGAGGACGAGCUCCUCGAAGCGACCUAUCUCGAUGGCAGUCGCCCUCCAGAAGAUCUGAUCAGCAUCGAUAAGAUAUCUUUGGACGUCACCGACGAUUCCCCCUUCGUCGACAAAUGUAUGUUCAGCUUAAAGAGUCUGACCGAGGUAUUGAAGCUGUGUCACUACGACACCUCGCAACUUGCACAGCCCUUGUUUUCACAGAUCUCUGCGGACCGUGGAGGCACUGGUAGUGAUGCCGAAACUUCAAGUUUGUCACUGGAUCUUACCAGUAUCGAUUCAUCGAGUUUAGAUGGCAGUCGGCGCUCGAGUCUCAUCCUUCGGAAGGACACGUUCAUCAGCGGCAUGAAUGCUGAAAAUGUCGGCAUCUUCACUGGUCCGUUGACUUUCGACAACAUUCACAAGGCAAUCAAUCAACCUCUAGAGUACUGGAAGCAGCUAGAGAACGAACGGACAAAAGAGAUAGUUGAAAUGUUCACUACUCUGCCGUUCACGCGGCUCGUUGAAAUUCAGAAGGAAAACAUACACCUUCAAAAAGCUGUUUCAUAA